CCCAGCCAGAGCGGCGGCGGCCUCAUCUCCCUCGCCCUGCCCCUGGACUACAAGCUGGAGCGUCAGUACCUGCUCACCAUCGCCGCCUCCGACGGCACCCGCCAGGACACGGCCCAGGUCAUCGUAAACGUCACGGAUGCCAACACGCACCGGCCCGUCUUCCAGAGCUCCCACUACACUGUCAACAUCAACGAGGACCGGCCUGUGGGCACCACAGUAGUGGUCAUCAGCGCGACGGAUGAGGACACGGGCGAGAAUGCCCGCAUCACCUACCUGAUGGAGGACAGCAUCCCCCAGUUCAGGAUCGACCCCGACACGGGUGCUGUCACCACCCAGAUGGAACUGGACUACGAGGACCAGGUGUCCUACACGCUGGCCAUCACAGCGCGGGACAACGGCAUCCCGCAGAAGUCCGACACCACCUACCUGGAGAUCCUGGUGAGCGACGUCAAUGACAACGCCCCACAGUUCCUCCGCGACGGCUACCAGGGCUCUGUGUACGAGGACGUGCCGGCCUUCACCAGCGUCCUCCAGGUCUCUGCCACCGACCGCGACUCAGGGCUCAAUGGCAGGGUCUUCUACACCUUCCAGGGCGGCGAUGAUGGUGAAGGUGACUUCAUCAUUGAGUCCACCUCGGGCAUCGUCCGCACGCUGCGGCGCUUGGACCGGGAGAAUGUCCCGCUCUACACCUUGCGGGCCUAUGCUGUGGACAAGGGUGUCCCGGCCAAGCGGACGCCUGUGGAGAUCCAGGUGACGGUGCUGGACGUCAACGAUAACCCGCCCGUCUUUGAGCGGGACGAGUUUGACAUCUUUGUGGAGGAGAACAGUCCCAUUGGACUGGUGGUGGCCCGCAUCACGGCCACCGACCCCGACGAGGGCACCAACGCCCAGAUCAUGUACCAGAUCGUGGAGGGCAACAUCCCUGAGGUCUUCCAGCUGGACAUCUUCUCCGGCGAGCUCACGGCGCUGGCCGACCUGGACUACGAGGCCAAGGCGGAGUACGUCAUUGUGGUGCAGGCCACCUCGGCCCCGCUGGUGAGCCGGGCCACCGUGCACGUCCGCCUGCGCGACACCAACGACAACAGCCCCCAGCUGAAGAACUUUGAGAUCCUCUUCAACAACUACGUCACCAACCACUCGGGCAGCUUCCCCAGCGGCGUCAUCGGCCGCAUCCCGGCCCACGACCCCGACGUCUCCGACACCCUCACCUACGCCUUCGAGCAGGGCAACGAGCUCAACCUGGUGCUGCUGGACCCCAGCACGGGCGAGCUGCGCCUCAGCCGGGCCCUGGACAACAACCGCCCACUGGAGGCCAUCAUGAAGGUCUCGGUGUCAGGUACGGCCCAGGGGUGGGGGGGGAGGAUUUGA